GUCGGGGCUUUUAUUUUGAAAAUCACAUCACCCCGGAAGUUUUGAAAGUGACAUUUCACAAGACGGUGGAUGUUUCCUGGUUCAUGUUUAACCACAAAUGUAUUUUAUAUCGAAAACAUCUAAAAUAACGAUUUACAACAGAGCUAUAUUUUGGCAUCACAGUCGUCCUGUAAAUUGGUACCAAACCAUGCUCGAUAGAUACACAACGUGAUAUCGUCGAAAACAACAUCAACCAGCUCGGUCUGGCAUGGAGCUUGGCAUGGAGGCAGUGGAGGAUGAUAUCUGCAUUCUGAAGCAUGAGACGGCGUACGGUGGAGCAGGGGAGAGCCCCGUGUCCGUGUGUGCCGGGGAUGAGUCUGUAGCCUCCCACUUUGCCUUGGUCACAGCAUACGAGGACAUCAAGAAGAGGCUGAGAGACACGGAGAGAGAGAACACACUGCUGAGGAAGAGAGUUAAACAACUGGAAGAUAAGCUGUUCAGACCUGAAGCUCCUUCCCCUGAAGGACCCCAGUACGUCAACAAGGCCUUCAGUGCCUACCGUGGCAUCUACAUGGAAAAGGAGGACCUGCAACUGGAGCUUAAUAAACUGAAGAGGGAGAAGAGUGAGUCAGAGAGGCUUCUGAAUGAGCAGCUGCAGGCCAAAGAGAUGGAGCUGCUGCAGUUAAAGACUGAGAUGGAGACCAGCCAAGUGAUGAAGUCUCUAACCAGUACUCAGGACUACUGGCAGGUGGACAGGAUCAACAGUGAACUGAAGAUCCAUACUCUGCAGGAGGAGUUGGAGAGGAUGACUCUGGAGAAGCACCGACUGCAGGAACACUGUGAGGAUUCUUCUGGAACGAACUGUGACCAGAAUCACGUGGAGUCUAACCCCAGCGAUAAGGCAGUUCUACAGUCCUAUGAGGCCCUGGCCACUGAGAUCUCCUCUCUACACUCUGUGUUGAAACAACAGUCUGACCUGAUGAAGAAGCUCGGAGACAAACCACAGCUAGCAGCUAACAGACGAGCUGCACCAACUGUCCCUGUCCAGUGCCUGGACGAUGUGGAGAAGAACCUGAACCAUCGAACAGUCCGCAUGUCCGUGCCCCGUGCCCCUAGCGCCCCCCCUGUCCCCUCCAGCUCUGGCCGGCCCUGCCUGCCCCCCGUGGGCCCCCCGGCUCUGGAGGGUCUCAGGGAGGACUACUGGCCAAACGGUCCCUGGUCCAGCCACUACCCUGGAGCCUUGGGUCUGGACAGUACCAGCCCUGUCCUCCUGCCUCCUCCUCCUCUCAACCAGGCCUCUCUAGAUGACUCCUCCUGGUCCUUCCCCUCCCCGCCCAAACCCAGCGACGCCCUCUUCUGGGAGGGCCAAAGGCAGGGUCUGAGCCAGGGCAGCCCCAUCCACUCCUCCAGGGGUAGUACCCCCAUAAGCCCUAAUGGAGACUGGGCCAAGCCCCCACCCUACUGAGGUGGAGACUCCCUGGCUCUAAGCCUGCCCUGCCGUGCAACACCCAACCUGCCUUAAGAUGAGGAGACAACUCCUAUGGACUCUCCAGCCUGGUGAACUAGCUCCAGGAGGAUUCAACUAGCCACAGAGCAAACCACAGGAGAAGCUUGUGAUGGGCUACCCUCUGACCCAGCCCAGACACACUGAUGACUCCCCUCCCUGGGAACCAGGUGGCAGAGAAAGGACAUUUCAUCCACACAAGAGGGAAAGAUGAUGGAGAGUCUGGACAGCCAGAUUAUGACUGUGUGUGUGUGUGUGUGUGUGUGUGUGUGUGUGUGUGUGUGUGUGUGUGUGUGUGUGUGUAUCCAUACUGGUAUUUACUAGAGCUCAAAGCUGUAGUGAACUAAUCCACAGUCUGACUGCUUUUCAAUUUUAGCCCCCCUUAAAUGUGACUUCUUUACAUGUUCCCCUUGUCAUGUAUUAUAAAGAUAUAUAGUCAAUC